AGCGCUCUGUGCCAAAUCCUGUACACAAGGCGGUCCACAGGAAUGCGUUUCCACUCAUGCACGAAACGUUUGCUGACAACAAACCUGACCUCCUACGGAGAGUGGCACCGGAGUUUUACAUCUCAGAGAGUCUCAAGGAGCAGAAAACAUGAAGCCCAAAUCUCUUCCGUCGAGGUUGUUUGACAUGAAUUCAGCAGCGGCGGAGACUCUGAACGUAAGAGCGACGAAAUAUCAGCGCCAUGUGGACUGUGUUGAUCACGGUGACAGCCAGCCUGUGGAAGAGGAGCGAACACGACAUGAGAAAUGCCACAGAGAAAUUCACUUUGCUUUUCUGCCGGAGAGGUACGAGGUGCUGGUGGAUGACGAGGCGCUAGCCAAGCAAAAAGAAGAGAAGAAGAAAAGGAAGAAAGAGAAGUACAAAAAAGUGAGGAAGAAUGUUGGAAAGGCAGUGCGUGCCACCUGGAAGUGUCUGAUGCUCGGUUUGUACAAUUUUGCUCUUGGUUACUCCACUCCAAUCACGGUGGCUGCUACGUUUGUCCCCGACUUUCACCCGGGCAGGAACUCAAAUUGAGCUGAGCCACAUGCAGCACCUGGACUUCCUAGUUAUCCUGCAGACCAAAGACUUUGAACAUGUUUGAAAUGUUUCUGUAUUUGAAAUAAUAUACCUAGAUGUAUAUUGAUUUGCGCAAACUGUAAUCAGAAUACACAUUUCCUUUAGAGAUAAACGCAUUUCUUUGUAAAGCCAUUGUGUAUGUAGGUUUUCUAAGAACAGAAAUGUUGACUUUUCCUAUGAAUUAUUUCCUUGUUAGUGUGUGUGCUUUUCUUAAAAUAGUUGAUCUUAUGACUCAUAAAGUGAUAUUUUCAGUCUAUGCUCAUACUGUAGCACUGGUUAAACGAUAUUAUAUAGCCUACAUGUUUUAGAAAAGAAAAAUGAAGACUCUUGCAUUCACAUAGUGCCAUGAAAAUGCCUUAAAUAAUGAAGAACCACAGAGACUGUAGAGCUGGUAUUUGUAUGUGUACAGAAGGGUGGGAAGGGGCUAUUCACUGAUUCUUUCUGUGGAAUCAAGAAAAUGUGGCUGCACUGAUUAAUUACCUGAAAAGAUAAGUUACUGGAGGCUGAAAGGAUUUAGUCUAACACAGAAAACAGGACACCUGUUAGCUGGAUUCUCAGGUUGGAAUGUAAAGCUGUGGCAUUUGAAGGUUGGGCGAAAAUAUUGAAAGUGUAUCAGCGUGUGUGUAAGAUGACUUGAAGGUAAGGUUUUAUUAGAUGUACAAUGAAAUAUAACAUGUUAAUAAAUUGGUAAUAAGA